GUGGUGCUUUCCCCAGCUUUCUUCCCUCCCUCCUGGGUAAGGGGCCGCGAGCUCAGCUGCGGGCCCCGGCUCUUCCGCUGCUCCGGCUCUGGCUCUCCCUUGAACAGCUCCUAGAGAGAACAAGGCGUGCGGAGCUCGGAUCACCAGCAUCAUGCUCCUCGGGCUUGGAUCGUAGAUCCCCCCCCCCUCCCCCUUUGAACACUAAAAUAACUCCUUCGUCUUUCAAGCAGACCCAGCGAGAAAACAAGCACUUGAGAGAGAGAGGAAAGAAGGAGGAGGAAGACGAAAAUCUGCAACCAAGGGGACUAAAGCAAAGAAAAAGAGUGCUUUGCUUGCACAGCUGCAAAGUGGGAAUUUAAAGAGCUGCAGAGAGAGAAAUUCCAGCUCAUCAGCACAUACACAUUGCAGAAUUACAGAUCCAGGUAGAAAUGACAUCAACAGGGAAAGAAGGCAGCGGAGCUCAACAUGCACAAUAUGUUGGACCCUAUCGUUUGGAGAAAACCCUAGGAAAAGGACAGACAGGGCUUGUGAAGUUGGGGGUUCACUGUGUCACGUGUCAGAAGGUCGCGAUAAAAAUUGUCAACAGAGAGAAGCUCAGUGAGUCGGUGCUAAUGAAGGUGGAGCGGGAAAUAGCCAUCCUGAAGUUGAUAGAACAUCCCCACGUUUUAAAGCUGCAUGAUGUUUACGAAAAUAAAAAAUAUUUGUAUUUGGUGCUAGAACAUGUGUCAGGUGGGGAGCUCUUCGACUAUCUCGUAAAAAAGGGAAGAUUGACACCAAAAGAAGCCAGGAAGUUCUUCCGACAAAUCAUCUCUGCUUUAGACUUCUGCCAUAGUCAUUCAAUAUGCCACAGGGACUUAAAACCAGAAAACCUACUGCUGGAUGAGAAGAACAACAUCCGGAUAGCAGACUUCGGGAUGGCAUCGCUGCAGGUUGGGGACAGCUUGUUAGAAACCAGUUGUGGAUCACCACAUUAUGCUUGUCCUGAAGUCAUCCGGGGAGAAAAAUAUGAUGGAAGGAAAGCAGACGUCUGGAGCUGCGGAGUCAUUUUGUUUGCGUUGCUAGUGGGUGCCCUGCCUUUCGAUGAUGACAACUUGCGGCAACUGCUGGAGAAGGUGAAGCGUGGAGUGUUCCACAUGCCCCAUUUUAUCCCUCCCGACUGUCAGAACCUUUUGCGGGGGAUGAUUGAAGUGGAUGCCUCGAAACGUCUCACGCUAGAACAUAUUCAGAAACACAUAUGGUAUAUAGGGGGUAAGAAUGAGCCAGAACCAGAGCAACCAAUCCCUCGAAAGGUGCAGAUUCGUUCUCUCCCUUCCUUGGAGGAUAUUGAUCCAGACGUGUUAGAUAGCAUGCACUCGUUAGGCUGCUUCCGUGACCGAAAUAAACUCUUACAGGACUUGUUGUCAGAAGAAGAAAACCAAGAAAAAAUGAUUUAUUUUCUUCUGCUUGACCGGAAGGAGAGGUAUCCUAGUCAUGAAGAUGAGGAUCUUCCCCCUAGAAAUGAAAUAGAUCCCCCCAGGAAGCGUGUGGACUCCCCAAUGCUGAACAGGCAUGGGAAGCGGCGGCCAGAGAGGAAGUCGAUGGAGGUUCUCAGUGUGACAGAUGGCGGAUCCCCAGUUCCUGCUCGCAGAGCUAUUGAAAUGGCGCAGCAUGGACAGAGUAAAACAAUGUUCAGUAAAAGCCUGGAUAUCUCUGAAGCCAAUCCCAAAUUCAACAAAGAAGAAAGGAUGGCGAGUGCUGAUCCAUUGGGGUCUCGGUCAAUCAGCGGAGCAUCGUCUGGGCUCUCCACCAGUCCCCUCAGCAGUCCAAGGGUCACCCCUCACCCCUCUCCAAGGGGAAGUCCCCUCCCUACCCCCAAGGGGACACCUGUUCAUACGCCAAAGGAGAGCCCAGCAGGCACACCCAACCCAACACCACCAUCCAGCCCCAGCAUUGGAGGAAUGCCUUGGAGGACACGGCUCAACUCCAUCAAGAAUAGUUUCCUGGGGUCUCCUCGCUUCCAUCGUCGGAAAUUACAAGUACCUACACCAGAAGAGAUGUCUAAUUUAACCCCAGAAUCAUCCCCAGAGCUUGCCAAAAAAUCCUGGUUCGGUAACUUCAUCAACUUGGAGAAAGAAGAACAGAUUUUUGUGGUGAUUAAGGACAAACCACUAAGCUCCAUUAAGGCUGAUAUAGUCCACGCUUUCCUCUCGAUCCCAAGUCUCAGUCACAGUGUCAUCUCACAGACAAGUUUCCGUGCAGAAUAUAAGUCCACAGGAGGUCCUGCUGUCUUCCAGAAGCCAGUGAAGUUCCAGGUGGACAUAACAUACACAGAAGGGGGAGAGGCGCAAAAGGAGAACGGGAUCUAUUCUGUCACUUUCACACUCUUAUCAGGUCCAAGCCGUCGCUUUAAGAGGGUAGUAGAAACCAUUCAGGCACAGUUGUUAAGCACACAUGACCAGCCUUCAGUGCAGCAGUUAUCAGACACCACUAACUGUAUGGAGUUGAUGACUGGCAGACUUUCCAAAUGUGGCAGCCCAUUGAGUAACUUCUUUGACGUAAUUAAACAACUUUUUUCAGACGAGAAGAACGGGCAGGAAUUAUCCCGAAAAGUUAACAUGUCAGCCACGGCUUCACCUUCUGUGCUCUGCGGACACUUGUUGACGGAAGGCAACCGAUGUAGACUGUCCAAGGACCAGUCCUGUUUGAGGUUCCCAGCCUCCCCUCUCCCUUCAAGAAGUGGGCCUCUCCCCCACUUCUCCCCAAACACCUCCCCAGUGCACGCCUGGUUUUUUUUCUCCCCUCUCUUUUUCUUUUUUGGUGCUCCACAAGAGAGAUCUGCUCAGUUGUGGGAUUGCAGAAUCUGGGCUCAAAGGAGGUUGCAAAUUGUUGGAGUGAAUUAUUUACCCUUGGCAACUUCUGUCCGCGCAGGUGAACGCAGCCCGGAGAGGGAGGGUGUGGGGAAGGAGACGGGUGUAGCGGGAGCGCAGUGUUCCAUGAAUCCAGAGCGCGUUCUCAUCAGAAACCAGCCAGGAGCAACUCAAAACUAAGCGUUGAACCAAGACAAUAUUGGGGAGCUUCAUCACAGGAUUUUCUUAUCUUUUUUUUUUUUUUUUUUUUUUUUCCUCCCCACCACCUUUUUCUUUUCUUUUGCCCCCUUUUUUUUAUAUAUACAUGUAUAUAUGUGUGUAUAUUUAUGUAUAAAUAUACAUACAUACAUAUAUAUAUAUAUACACACAAACUAAUUUUUUUUUUUAUACUGUAUCAUUUUGCUUUUUAACCUGCUGGAAGGGGAAAGGAGUAAACAUAGGAGGGAGAGGGGGUCCAAUGAAAAAACACAUACAAACAAAACAUUAAAACUUAGGGAAAAGGCAACUUCUGGUAGCAAAGAAGAGGGACAAGACUCUGCCAAGGACUGUCUCUCCCAUCACCAGGCACAGUUGCCGCUGCUGCUACUGCUGCUCCUCCUUCGACACCUUCCUCCCCACCUGUCAACUCCCUGCCACUGUGCCACCGUGCUGGGACCCUCUUCAACCAGCUGGAUCCUCCACCACACCCUGCAUUUAGAGGCAAUUGUUGUGUUGCUAGUGCUGCAUUGAUAUCAGUAUUAUUAUUUCUUUAAGUUACCAGUUUCAUUUGUUGGCUCGGGUGAUUUUUUUCUUAAAAAAAAGGAAAAAAAAGAAAAAAAAAAGAAAAAAAAAGAAGAUGAAGAGGAGGAAGAAAAGAGACUUAUAUUGGGUUUUCUUUCCUAUGUGUGUAUGUGUGUGUGUGUGCAAAAUCACUGGCACUUAGUUCAUCAGAGCAAGACAAGGUGGAGUCAGGGCAAUGGGAGAUUUAAUCACGAAGCUACUGUAAACUUUAAAAUUUACUGCAAGAUAUUUUUAUAAAAUUUUUGUUUUUUUUUUUUUUGUUUUUUUUUUUUUUAUUUUUUUUUUUUAGGUUUUUUUAAGGGGCAGAGGGUGGGAUUGGGUGGAUGGGGACCUUUUUUUGUGUGUUUCGGUUAUUAGGUCUUGGUUAUUUAUAUAUACAUAUAUAUAUUUAAAAAAAUAAGCUGUUAGAUAUAUCUUCUGUUUAAUAACUGUGUAGAGGCAACAUUGAUUCUUAUUUAUUUUGUGGAGGGGGGAGAAAAAAGACACAGAAACCUUUUGAGUGUUCAUUUUGUGACUUUGAGAAAGAAGAAUAGCCGCCUUUUUUCCUCCUCCUCCUCAAGAGUUAUGUGACCAAGUGUAACUUAUUCUGGCCCAAGCUCAAAGGUUAAACAAACAAAAAAAAUGUGGUCUUAUGCGUGGAAGACAAAACACAGAAGUAUUUCUUGACUGAGAUUUUAAGAAUGUAGGCUUAGCAUUAGUGUUCAGCUCUUUUAUGACCUUCGAUUGCUGCUCGUUGGGUUCCUAUGGGUGUAUGUUGUAUCGCAAGAUUUUUUUUUUUUUUUAAAUGAUAAUGUUGGAUGAGUUCUUUUUUUGUUGUUGUUGUCGUUGUUGGUUUUUUUAAUCAUUUUUUCCCCUUCUUGGACCAGUUUUACUUGUACAUAGGUUUGAAGAUUAAAAAGAAUUUUUAAAGACACAACUGGGGCAAAGACCUUUGACUUCUGCCCUGUUACCCCAUUCCCCCAAAUGGGAGGGAUUUAUUUUAAAUUUUUUUUGCUUUAUUUAUUUAUUUAUUUAUUUUCCCUAUUCUUAAACUUUUCUCUCUCGUAUUGCUGUGUGCAUGUCAGACACCAGGGGGUGAUGGCUGGGGAGGGGGGGAGGCAAGGGUGCAGGAGAGGGGGGCAGUUUUAAUUGCAUGACAUUGCUGUAAAUUAGUCUCUUUUGCUUUCGUUGUCUUUCCUGCCUCUGCCCUCUCUCUACUUCUCCUCUGAGCUCCCCUCCCAUCACCCCCGUCCUUCUUUUCCCUCUUUUCUCUUCCCUUGUGUAUAGAUUUUGAUGCUUCUGUUACAUUGUACCUCUACAAAAGGCUGGGAUUUCAAUACAAGAUAAUAAUAAUAAUUUAAAAAUACCUAUAUCAGCAAAACCCAUGUGGUACAAGCAGGAAGGGGAUUACUUACACAAGAUAUAAGAAUAAAUGAAAGCAAUACCUCUUGUUAUCCUUCCUAUUUUGUACUUUCAAGACACACACACGCGCACACACACAUAUACAGACACAAACUGACAUUAUUUAAUGGUUUGAAAUGGACAAAAAAAUCUGAUGUAUCCCUUGUUAAAUAACUGUGAGCAACUUUAGUUCAAAAACCAAUAAAUUCAUUCAGUAAAGA